CCCUUGUUCCCAUUUGUCCCGCAGCCCCGCCAUGCUGCCCUUUGCCCCCACCAUGCUGCCCCGCUAAACCGGGCGGCUCUCCGGUAAACCGGGCGGCUCUCCGGUAAAGCGGGCGGCUCCGCGAUGCUGCGGCGGCUGCUGGAGCGGCCGUGCUCGCUGGCGCUGCUGGUCGGGUGCCAGUUCGCUUUCGUGGCCUAUUUCUCGCUGGGUGGGUUCCGGAACCUCACGGCUCUGUUCGGCCGCUCCGCCGGGCCCGCCGUGGAUUAUUCCCGGACCCACGACGUGUACGCCAACCUCAGCCGGAUCGGUUCGGCCCGAGCCGCUCCACCGGACCCCGCACGGCCGCUGCCGUUCUGCCCCGAGAGAUCGCCGUUCCUCGUGGGUCCCCUGACGGUGUCCUUCGCCCGGGUGCCGACUCUGGAGCAGAUCCAGGCCAAGAACCCGUGGGUGCAGGAGGGGGGGCGGUACCGACCCCCCCAGUGCGAGUCCCGCUCCAGAACCGCUGUCAUUGUCCCCCACCGUAACCGGGAGAGCCACCUGGGCCACCUGCUCUACUACCUGCACCCCUUCCUGCAGCGCCAGCAGCUGCACUACGGCAUCUACGUGGUGCACCAGGCCGGGAACUCCACGUUUAACCGGGCCAAGCUGCUGAACGUGGGGGUGAAGGAGGCCCUCAAGGACGAGGACUGGGACUGCCUGUUCCUGCACGACGUGGACCUGAUCCCCGAGAACGACCACAACCUUUACACCUGCGACCCCUGGAACCCCAAACACGUCUCGGUGGCCAUGAACAAAUUCGGUUACAGCCUGCCGUACCCGCAGUAUUUCGGGGGGGUCUCGGCGCUGACCCCCGACCAGUACAUGAAGAUCAACGGGUUCCCCAACGAGUACUGGGGCUGGGGGGGCGAGGACGAUGACAUCGCCACCAGGGUGCGCCUGGCAGGGAUGAAGAUCUCCCGCCCGCCCAUCUCCAUCGGCCACUACAAAAUGGUGAAACACAAAAGCGACAAAGGCAACGAGGAGAACCCGCACAGGUUCGACCUGCUGGUGCGCACGCAGCGCUCGUGGACGCAGGACGGGAUGAACUCCCUGUCGUACUCGCUGCUGGCCAAGGAGCUGCGGCCGCUCUACACCAACCUCACCGUGGACAUCGGCCGCGACCCCCGCGCCCGCGGCGCCCCCGGCAGCUCCAGAAGCUUCCGCGAGGAGAUGCUGCGCAAACCCCCCCGCGGGGACCUGCCGCUGUCGCUGUCCUUGUCGCUGUCGCCGCCGCGCCCGCUCAACGCCACAGCCCCGUCGCCGGCGUUGGCGACAGCGCGGGUGGCACACGAGGAAGGGGCGGUGGUGGCCCCGGGGGGCAACCAGAGCGUGGCGCAGGGACCCCCGUGA